AUGUCUAAGGUAAACGAUUUUAUAGAUUCUCAGAAGACAAUCUAUGAGCUAAAGCCAUCGAAGCAACGCAGGAUCCCCAGUAUACCUGAUGGAUGCAAAGAAGGUAGACCUUUGAAUGAUAGCGAGUAUGAGAAAGCUGGAAAGGUCCCAUUUGUUCGACUGCUAGGUGGAAAAGAACCACUUCGAAACGUGAAAAUCAGGCAUGAAUUAUACCAGAAGAAUUGGGCCCGACAGAUGCAUGCGAUCGAUAGCGUCUUGUCGAAAACUGAUAGGUUUAAGUUUCGUUCAUUGCGUGAUUUCUUGAGUCGGAGAGAUACAUCAAGCAACCAGAACGACUUACUGACUACUGCAUUGUUAAAUUUAGGAUCAAACAUCUCCAAUCACGAUAGAUUGCUUAAUAAUGUUUGCCGCUAUUUACGAGAAGACGAAAAUGUGUGCUUGGUCAAAAUCAAUCCCAAUGUAUGUUUCAACAUCCAGCGAAUAAUCAAACGUAUAGAAGACACACUAGCUUGUAAAGUGCAUGACAUUGUGAGUGGAAAAUUGAGCAACCAUAGUAAAAAGAACGAGAGAAAAAACAAUUCAAGAAAGAGAGACAGAAGUGGAGGCAAUAUUCAAAAAGCUGGAACUCCGACACCUAGACGAAAGAAGAGGAAACAUGCUGAAUCUGGAAGUGGAGUUUCCGACGCAAUAAAGAUUGAAGACGGAAAUGAAGGUUAUGAUACUAUACUCAUUGAUUACGAUGAUGAUAUUGAUGAUGGUGAUUAUAGGAAUGAUGAGGAAAAUAGUAAUGAAGAUGAAAAUGAGGACAUGGAAGACCAAGUUGACGAAGAAGAAGAAGAAGAAGAGUCUGAUGACGACUUUGAUAUCGAGCUAAACAAUGACUUUGAUUUGCUACCCAAGAAAAUAGAGAAAGAUAAAUAUGUGGAUAUAGAAGACAUGCUCCAGGUGUUUGAGAAGGCAGGAGUUCGUUUAAUUGUGUUGGUCCAAAAUGCUGAUGCAAUGAACUCUAUUUUAAUCCAACAGACAUUGAUGCUACUUCACAGGUAUAAUCAAAUAUCCGAAGUGUAUAGUAUCAUUGGCAUUUCAACACCAUUCAUCAUUUUCCAGGAAAAGGUGCCCAAAAUACUCAUUGGGAAAUUGAGAACCAGGAGUUUUGCCGUUGAUAAUUCCAAUGAAGCCAUCAACCAAAUUAUGGAAGACUUGCUAUUGAAUAUCAACGAAACGUACAAUUCUCUAAUUUUUGAUCCCAAGCUAGUCUUGAAGUUUUUGUAUCGAAGGGAUGUCAUGAGUAUUCAGCAGUUCAGCAAUUAUAUGAAAUUGAUUUACAUGCGUCAUUACUACAGUCAACCAUUGUCACUUUUCUGGACUAAUGAUUUCAGCAAAAUUGAUUUGAACAGUAUUUAUUUCAAAAUUUUCAAGACUUUACCAUCUGUGAUGGAAAAUAGCAGUGAACUUGAUAAAAAACAUCUUGUUGGUAUAGUUGAAAAUGAUGUUCAAGUUAUUGGUGACCUACUACGUACAAAUUUGAAUCAGUUAAUCAAUUGGAGGUUCAAUUUUAGAAAUUUGAUUGAUUUUUUAAAUUUUGCACAAGCCUCAAUUUUGGAUGUGAAGAUAUGGUCGAACAACUUGGAGCUUUUUCAACUUUUGUUCGAGAAAUACUAUGAAUUACGAGAUGCUAAAGAGGUAUGGAAUGAUACUAGCGAAGUUGAUGAACAAGAAAUCGAUGACGAAGACGAGAAGAAAAGAAACAAAAAGAAAACGAAGAGCAAAUAUUCGAAUUCGAAGAUUAGUCAUACAAGUUUAUUCAAGUUUUUGAUUGAAUUGUGGGAUGUAUUGAAAAAUACUUCCCACGAAAAAGUUGAAUCAUUCUACGAUCAAUUAUGUUCUGAUGAACAAUUCACUUUUAUAACGAAAAGUGAAAGAUUUCCAAAAAAGUGUCCAACGAAGGGGGCGAUAAAUGGAUUUAUUGAGGUGAUACAACUCGCCCUUCGAGAUCAAGUUUGUGAGCUUGAUUUGGAUGGACAGGCAUUUAGAGAAAUUUGUGUCGUUCGGGAAGAUGCUGUUUGGAAAAUCCAUGAUGGGUUUGAGCCAUGUGUUCGAGAAAAUUGUCUUAAAAAUUUGGACGAGCCAGGCAAGGUUCUAUUCAACUCUCGACACUGGGUUUUCAACGAGCAGAAUGAGACGCAAAAGACAGAAGUUAAGAUGUUCAGUGUCAUUGAGCCGAUAUUAUGUGAGAUGUAUCGAAUAUUCAAAGAAACGGGGUUGGUAAUGAAUGUGUAUGACUUUUAUCAAGUUUUCAAGAACAGUAUAGUGAGUCGAAGAGAGUUGAUAACGCUGAUGCGAGAGAAAAUGAUGAGUGGAGAGCAUGUAAAGGGCUUGAAACACGAGGAGAUUGAAAAGUUGCUUGAGAUUCUGGAUAAGAUUGAAGUUGAGUUGGAAGGUGGAGAAGUGGAGGAAGAAUGGGAUAAGAUGCUUCUAUCGUGGUUUUUGAAGAGUAUUUCAGAGUUUCAGAUGCUCGGUUUGCUAAAAGAGGGCAAGAACAAGAGUCAGAGCGUUGAGAAGUCGCUCUGGAGAGGGAUCUGA